CUGCAGCGCGCGCACCGACGAUACGAAGAUAGGUAGGCGACGAGAACACGACAGCGGCGAUGCCAAUUGCCUAUUGUAACGCCGUCGCUAUCAGGCACACGACUCAGGAAUUUAUUUUUUGAAAAAUUUGCCCGUCACCGGAUCCUAGAUACGAUCGUAAUCGUCUUUUUUUUUCGUUUCGUACGUGAUCUCGGUCGUUUUCGUUAACGUAACGGAUCACAGAGAAAAAUAGAAACACUGCCCUGUUGUAUUUUCGUGCGUUCGCGUAAGUCUUUUUCAAACCGUUCACUACUUUUGUAAUCGAAUUCCUCUCCCUGACGACGACGACGACAUGUCGAUACUUCCUCGCGCCGUCCUACUACUGGCCAUCGGGUCGCUGUUCUUGUUGGCCGUCGUCGCCGCCACUGCCACCGUCGGUGGUGACCACGGGUCAAUGGUACUGGAUGAGAGCAAUUGGACGAACGUGUUGAACGGCGAGUGGAUGGUGUUGUUCUAUGCACCUUGGUGUCCAGCCUGCAAGUCCCUUGAACCUGAAUGGAGAGAAUUUGCAAAAUGGAGUGAAGGCCAUGCAACUAUAUCUGUUGCGAGUACAGAUAUAACAAUAUCACCAGGACUAACUGGGCGUUUUAUUGUGACUACAUUACCUACUAUUUUCCAUGUUAAAAAUGGUCUAUUCAGAUAUUAUAAGAUGGGUCGUGAUAAGGAUUCAAUGAUAUCUUUUAUAAAAGAACGCAAAUGGGAACAAUUAGAAACAAUUUCUACAUGGAAGGCUCCUAACUCUAUUCAAAUGUCUUUAGUUGCUCAAUUCUUUAAACUUUCUCAGAAAGUUAGAAUCUUACAUUCAACUCUAAUGGCUGAAUAUGGACUUCCAACGUGGGGCUCAUACUUGAUAUUUGCUAUAGCCACCAUAUUUGUUGGUGCCAUACUUGGACUUAUGUUAGUUUGUAUAAUUGAUUUAGUGUAUCCUCCAAGCCAUCAUAAAAUGCCAAUUAAAAAUAGAAAAGAUGAAAAUUGUGACAGUGGUCAAGAAUCAGAUGAUGAUGAACUUGUUAAAGAUGAAUUGCUAGAUGAUCAAGCUAGUGGGGAAUCAACAGACAAUGAACGUUCAGUGAGGAAUAGGCGCAAAAUACGUAAAACUGACUGAUAACUUUUUUAAGAUAGGCAUUAUUAUAUCUUCAUCGUAAUUCCAAUUAAUUUAA